AUGGCUCGACCUCUAGAAGGAAAGUUUGGCAUCGUGACCGGAGGAUCGCGGGGGAUUGGCGAAGCAAUAGCCCGCAAUCUAGCUAGCAAAGGGUGUUCGCUCCUCUUGAACUACACUUCCGAAUCAUCACGAGCCAAAACCGAGGAGCUGGCAUCGUCAUUUACAGAGUCAUUCGGCAUUCAGUGCACCACUGUCCGCGCCGAUCUUACCGACGCCCAGGCAGCCAGCGAGAUUAUUAUAGACGCCUCCAAGAAGCACCUUGGCGACAAACCCCUCCGCAUCGAUAUUCUGAUCAAUAACGCUGGUGUCUCACAAGACCGAAAGCUUGCCGACUCCGCGAAAGGCCCCAUUGAUGCCGAUUAUUUUCAUUGGCAUUAUAACAUCAAUGUGCUUGCGCCGCUUCUACUCACACAAGCAUGUAUUCCAUACUUGCCCAACGAUCGUUCGGGACGCAUUGUCAAUAUUUCCAGUGUGUCUUCCAGUCUUGGCUUCGAGGGACAGUCGGUAUACGGCGGUACAAAGGCUGCAUUGGAAGCCAUGACCAGGACAUGGGCACGGGAAUUGGCAGAUCGAGCGACCGUGAACGCGGUUAACCCCGGACCUGUGAUUGGCGACAUGUAUUUCUUGACCGGAGAGCAGUUUUGGAAGGAUAUCCAGGGAUGGCAAGACAAUACGCCCUUAAGUAAAGUAGCCGCCGACGCAAGUGAUUUGGAGGGCCUGGAUGCGGAGAAAAUUCGGCUGAUUCAAGAGAAGAUGGGCGGUCGGCGACCUGCUUUCACUAGCGAGAUUGCGGGCGUGGUUGCGAUGUUAUGUACGGAAGAUGCAGCUUGGUGUACAGGCAGUGUCGUUAAUGCUAACGGCGGUAUGAAAAUGACAACGUAG